AUGGAGCGCGCCCGCCCGCCGCCCGCUGCCCCGGUCCCGGUCCCGCCGCACGUGGACCUGGUGCUGGGCGCCGCGAGCUGCUGCCUGGCCUGUGUCUUCACCAACCCGCUGGAGGUGGUGAAGACGCGGCUGCAGCUGCAGGGGGAGCUGCGGCCGCGGGGCACCUACCGCCGGCACUACCGCGGGGUGCUGCAGGCGCUGGGCGCGGUGAGCCGGGCCGACGGGCUGCGGGGGCUGCAGAAGGGGCUGGCGGCCGGGCUGCUCUACCAGGGGCUGAUGAACGGGGUCCGCUUCUACUGCUACUCGCACGCCGAGGACCGCGGGCUCACGCAGCAGCCCGGCGGGACCGUCGCGGCCGGGGCCAUCGCGGGGGCGCUGGGCGCCUUUGUGGGCAGCCCGGCUUAUCUGGUCAAAACGCAUCUGCAAGCCCAGACGGUGGCAGCCAUGGCUGUGGGGCAUCAGCACAAGCACCAGGGUGUCUCCAAUGCCUUUGACACCAUCUACAGGAAGCAGGGGCUUGUGGGCCUGUGGCGGGGUGUGAACGGCGCUGUGCCUCGCGUCAUGGUGGGCUCUGCGGUGCAGCUGGCCACCUUUGCAUCAGCCAAAGAGUGGGUCGAGAAGCUCAAGUGGUUCAAGGAGGGCAGCUGGAUGGUGGCCUUGGCGGGAGGCAUGAUCAGCAGCGUGGCGGUGGCCGUGGCGAUGACUCCCUUCGAUGUGGUCAGCACCAGGCUCUAUAACCAGCCCGUGGAUGAGCGGGGCAUGGGGAAGCACUACCGAGGGCUCCUUGACUGCUUUGUGCAGAUCUCCAGGAAAGAGGGCAUCCUGGCUCUGUACAAAGGGAUCGGUCCUGCCUACCUCCGCCUGGGGCCUCACACCAUCCUCAGCCUGCUCUUCUGGGACGAACUCAGGAAGCUUACCUACCGCCACCAGCAGCAUGGAGUUUAAGCCCCUGCGGCCAUGUGGGCAGAUCCUGCCACGAGAUCACCUGCGCGAGGACUCUUGGGUCUCUCCGUCAGCCUGAUGGGACCAGAUCUGCGGGAUGGGGGGAUACAGCAGUAUAGAAGCCCAGGCAGUCAGCUCAGGACUUUCAGGGGGUGCUGAAAUUCCCCAUAUUUGUAGGGUUUCAGGAGAGAGGACCUCUGUCUCCAACUCCACUGCCUACAAUAGGCUCCCACCUGCAGCCACCCCUCAGAGCGAGAGCGGGCUUCCAUCCAGGAGCGCUGGCCAGCUGCUGUGGAGCGAGAGGGAGCUGUCCUCUCUGCGCAUGCCUGGGAGCCAGAAGGUCUGCGUUCUGAUCCCAGCUCUGACUCCCUUCUGGGGCCUUGGGCAAGCCCAUGUCCCUGCUCUGUGCCUCAGUUUCCCCAUCUGUGACAUGGGGAUCUUCCUAGGUGCCUCCUCAAAGGGCAGUUGUGAGGAUUAAACGACCUGACGUUCUGCAAAGUGCUUUGAUGCUGUAAAGAGCUGGGUAGAUACAUGUGCCAGGUGGAUUCUUGCCAGGUAAACUUGGCCUUCGAAGGACUUAAGGGGCCCAGUGCCGUUCCUAAGCGUCGUUCAAGGAGGUGUUCCCCGGUGCAGGCCUUGGCCUUCUUCCCUGAGUAAAUCGCAUUUAACCCAUUGUACCAGGAGCCACUGCAGGGAAGGGUGGACUGUCACGGACAGGGUACAAAGAUUUCAGUCUGGAGGCAAAUCCUGCAGCAGAGCAGCGGUGCCGGAGCAGUCUGUCCUGCAGAGCACGUACCCAGCAACGCACAGUCCCAGCAUGGUGCCAGCCUUGGUUGCCCAUGCACUGUGCCCACCCGUCUCGCGAGAAGUUCCAGGUGCUCAGACAGCAGGCACAGCACAGGAACCAAAAUCAGCUGGAAGCAAAGUGGUGAGAGGCUGCCCCCAGCUGUGCGGCAAGGCGGGGAGGCAGGCCUGGGUUUCACGGUGAAUUUGAUUUGCUAGUUUGGGGUUAACUUUUGGCACUUGCUUCUCCUGCCCUUGUAAGGCAGGAACCCCCCCAAAUCACCACCUCCCCCCAGCCCUGCUCAGCCAGAUUCCAGAGAUGAUUCCCCCCAGCUCUGCUCAGCCCGGCUGCACCCAGAGGUGCAGGCUGUGCUUGGUGUUCCAAGGUCCUUGCACGCAGCCGGGGGCAUGUGCUGGGGGCAGAUGCUGUGCCGCAGGCUGGGUCGUGGGACCUGCUCCUGCCCUCCCCAGGGGGCAAGCAGAACAUCUUCCUGAGCAAGGGGGACGUCUAAGUCCUGGGCUCUGACAGUUUGGGCCUGCCACAUCUCUAAGCCUUAACCUCACCCUGCCCUAGUGACCGGCAGGCACUGUAUUUCUGGCUUUCUAUCGAUUGAUGUGUUAAAAGGACAACAUUCCCUGAAGUUACUCAUACUGAGACAGUGCUGCCCACUCUGUGCAGGGGUCACCAGCUCCCAGCACAGCAUUCACUUCUACUCAGCAGAUGCUGGAAUCUGAGCCCCAGCUCCGGGCCGCUUGCCGCAAUCAAAUAAAAGAUUUUUUUCUACUUUCUUAUUUUUA